CCAGGCUGAUGAUGCAGGGGCUCCUCGCCCCCUCCCUUGGUCGCCGGCUGUCGGUCCUUUUGUCAGUCUGCGUCUGGGGAAGGGGCCAGGGGCUCACUCUGGCCUGGGGGGCGGGGGCCGUCCAGGCUCUGAUCGUCCUCUUGCCCCCGGCUCCAGCGACGCGGCAGGACCCGGCUGACUCCCCACCGCGGCCGUUCCUCUUUCCCGUCCCUCUGGCGAUCUCCGGCACGGGAGGGGUGUCCGCGCCGCCGCCCUCCCCGCGUGGGCCUAGGUCGGUCUCAGCCGGGCACCGCCGGGACGGCCCCGGCGUCUGACAGGCUGGGCUGGGGGAGGGAGAGGAUGGGCGUGAGGGUGCAGACCCGGGUAUCAGUCCGGAGCCGCCGUCUCCAGAAAGGCUUCUAAAUUUAGAUUUCUGAGAAGACUGUAUUGUCUGAGCGUUUGUCUGAGCCGCCUCGGAAGACCUCUGGCUCUUGGCUGGUAAUUCCCGGGAAUCUACCUGUGCUCCUGCCUCAGGAAGUCAGAGGGACCGUCUCGGCUGAGUAUACACAAGCUCCGGACCAAACAGAAGCGGGAACAGGGUGAACCGGGAGGCGGCUACGUGACCAGCUUUCUUGUCCUCUCCUUUCUGGCAGGUACAGACCACUGGGAUUCAGGCGAGUUUACUUUGCUCCGUGGGAACUACACCAGAUCUGGAGGUCUGAAAAAGAACUGUGUUUGAUAUGCAGAUAUGAUAGAAGACUGCCUGAAAGCUGCUUCCUUUGCCACUUCCUGUGGAGGCCUGUCUUUGCCAUUUGCGGUUUCUUUCUUCUUUUGGUCAGCACCUUGCAAGGAGGUGGUAACAUCCAGUUGUGAAACUGGGAAAAGCCAGAGAUCUUGGAUCAGGGAAACAUGUCCCGUCGGAAACAGACAAAUCCAAAUAAAGUUCACUGGGAUCAAGUAUUUGCUGGGCUAGAAGAGCAAGCCCGCCAGGCGAUGAUGAAAACUGAUUUUCCUGGAGACCUUGGCAGUCAGCGACAAGCUAUCCAACAACUAAGAGAUCAGGACUCCAGUAGCAGUGACAGUGAGGGAGACGAAGAGGAGACCACACAAGAUGAAGUCUCUUCCCAUACGUCAGAGGAAGAUGGAGGAGUGGUCAAAGUGGAAAAAGAGUUAGAAAAUGCAGAACAGCCUGUUGGUGGAAAGAAAGUGGUAGAGCAUGAGGUCACGGAGAAUUUGCAUUCUGACCCGUUACUUGGACUCUGCCAAUGUCCCCUCUGCCAGCUCGACUGUGGGAGUCGGGAGCAGCUGAUUGCUCACGUGUACCAGCACACUGCAGCCGUGGUGAGCGCCAAGAGCUACAUGUGUCCCGUCUGUGGCCGGGCCCUCAGCUCCCCAGGGUCACUGGGUCGCCACCUCUUAAUCCAUUCGGAGGACCAGCGGUCUAACUGUGCUGUGUGUGGAGCCCGUUUCACUAGCCAUGCCACAUUUAACAGUGAGAAACUCCCCGAAGUCCUUAAUAUGGAAUCCCUACCACCAGCCCACAGUGAGGGCCCCUCCAGUGCUGAGGGGAAGGACAUUGCCUUUAGUCCUCCAGUGUACCCUGCUGGAAUUCUGCUUGUAUGCAACAACUGUGCUGCCUACCGGAAGCUGCUGGAAGCCCAGACCCCCAGUGUCCGCAAAUGGGCCUUGCGUCGGCAGAAUGAGCCUUUGGAAGUCCGCCUGCAGCGACUGGAACGAGAGCGCACAGCCAAGAAGAGCCGGCGGGACAAUGAGACCCCCGAGGAGCGGGAGGUGAGGCGCAUGAGGGACCGAGAAGCCAAGCGCCUGCAGCGCAUGCAGGAGACGGAUGAGCAGCGGGCACGCCGGCUGCAACGAGACCGGGAGGCCAUGAGGCUGAAGCGAGCCAACGAGACCCCCGAGAAGCGGCAGGCCCGGCUCAUCCGGGAGCGGGAGGCCAAGCGGCUCAAGAGGAGGCUGGAGAAAAUGGACAUGAUGUUGCGAGCUCAGUUUGGCCAGGACCCUUCUGCCAUGGCAGCCUUAGCAGCUGAAAUGAACUUCUUCCAGCUACCUGUGAGUGGGGUGGAGUUGGACAGCCAACUCCUGGGCAAGAUGGCCUUUGAAGAGCAGAACAGCAGUGCUCUGCACUGAAGCCAUACCCUCCUGCCUGCCUUCCCGCUCACCACCCACCCGAGCCCACAGGGAUCCGUACUCAGUCACCCUCAGAUCCUGUCCUUGUAGCGGAUGCAGGCCCGGGUUUGUUGCAGGUGAACCUGCAUACCCCUUGCAUGUGGGAGCAGGAUGAUGGGGUCAGGAGGGACCCGGCUCCAGGCAGCUGUGGACGAGGGAGCAGGCACUCCAGACACUUCAACUCUCCAGCCCACUGCUGCAAGGUCUGCGCGUGGGACUGUGGGGUCCCAGUGCGGCCCGCGGAGUCAUGAGGGCAAAUAAAUUAAUUUUAUCUUUACUGCCCUUUCCUGCUCUUCUCUUGAUUUCAUUCUAGCAAACGAAGUGAUCUAAGACCUGGAUGGAAGUUUUCAGACAGGAACUUCUAGUGAUUGUCUUUUUCCAAGGGAGGGUGCUCCUCCACUUAGGCUCUCCAAGCAGAGAUCCCUUAUCUGGCCUUCACAAGUUAAUGACAACAUUGAGAAAGAACUGAUGCCAGCUUUGUGAGGGUCCAUGCUCACAACCCUAAUGAGGCUCGCCUGUGGUCCCAAGAGCUAUUUCAACUUCGCUUUCCUUUUCUAAACUCGGAAGUAGACACCUUUUCUCAUGACUGGGGCUUCCCUGAUAGUUCAGUUGGUAAAGAAUCCGCCUGCAAUGCAGGAAACCCUGGUUCAAUUCCUGGGUUGGGAAAAUCCGCUGGAGAAGGGAUAGGCUACCCACUCCAGUAUUCUUGGACUUCCCUUGUGACUCAGCUGGUAAAGAAUCCACCUGCAAUGUGGGAAACCUGGGUUUGAUCCCUGGGUUGGGAAGGUCCCCUGGAGAAGGAAAGGAUACCCACUCCAGUAUUCUGGCCUGGAGAACUCCAUGGACUGUAUAGUCCAUGGGGUCGCAAAGAGUCGGCCGCUGACUGAGCAAUAUUGAGCAUACCUUUUCCAAACUCAGAAGCGGACACCUUUCCUCAUGACUGGCACUUGCUAAAGAGGAUGCAGUAUUUAGACUAGGUACCAACUACUUUGCCCAGCAGAAUUCAGUCUGCCAAACUUAAAAUUCUACCCUAGACAGCAGUCAUUUGCAUUUAGGGAUACAGUCAUAGAAACAGCUGCAAUAUUAAGGUAUGUAGUGCCAGGGAACUCAAUAUUUGAGAGAAGAGGUUAACAGCCCAUCUUUUUAUGUAGUCCCCAGAGCCAAGGUAGGAUAAUAAAACCCACUGAGGAAAAUCCAGAGUUAAGGUGAUACUGAGAGCUCAAGUCAGUAGUGGUCAAGACCGGAGCAAAAUGACGACUACAGCAGUCUGUAUGGCUGCCAAACCAUGGAGGAGACAAGAGCUGAGGUCAUUUCUAAAAAGCCGCCUGUGAUGGUACACAACAAGCACAAAACUUUCCUUAGCCCGCACCAAAGGUUGUGUACAGUUUAGAUAAUUAUAGAUCCUGAGGUCCAGAAGGAAGUGCCCUAGUUAAGUUGUAGCCAGAAAAAUAACUAUGCCAGGAAUGUGGACCUCUUCCAAUAUCAUAACAAGGAAACUUGGACUCCUCCCUGAUCUCUGUAGGUUCAAGGCUACUUAAAGAGUGUUAACUGACCCCCCACCAAACUAGGGUUAAUUCCUACCAGGCUGGCUGAAAUACUUGUUUUGAAAAAUACAAAAAUUUGAAUAAGCCUAUUACAAAGUACUGGACAUUUUAAAGAAAAUAUUUAUUUGAGCCGAAUGGCUUCCUCACAGAGCCCCACACUGGAAGUUCUACCUGGGAUGUUUCAAAAAUGGUUGCACACUCAUUGUGUCAAAGAUUGUUCUGAGCACUUUCAUGGAUUAUCUCAUUUAAUUUUUACAACAAACCAUGAGUUAACACAAACUCAGGAAUUAGGUGCCUGGAUUUAACAUUCUGUACUGCUAAUUAAUAGCUGUGUAACUUUUGGCACAUAUUUAAACCUCUUUGUUUUCCCACCCACAAAAUGGAAAUAAUAAUACCAGCAACAAGUAGUUGUUAAUAUAUAAUGCACGUAGAUUUUGUG